AUGAACAAUAACAUGCUGCCACGCGGCCAUCUUGAGCGAAUUCGGGCGCCUGUAAAGGUUCUGUCUAAUCCCUACUGGGGGAACCAUUAUCCCUUUAUGCCCGCUGUACCAAACGAGACCUUUGGUGUGGCAAAUGGGCUACGGGUGCAGGGUCGUUUCAUCCAUAGCGCCCUGCACCCCGUGGGUGAAGCCAUGAAUCACCUGAACUUGGGUAUGUUCUUUGGUGACUCAAAGUGGGGGGUUAAUCGCCGGAAGGGUGAUAAGAAAAAGAAGCACGGUCGUGAUGAGAGCGAAGAUGAGGUGGUCAAGAAAGGGGGGAAGAAGGGAACUCUGGUUCCAGACAUCGUCUUCGUUGAGGACGAGCGCCACACGAUCCGAGCCUUGUGCGAGGUGAAGACGCACUGGGCGUUUGAGCCAGGCAAGGAAGAAACUUGGAAGAGUUUCACAGCUCGAAAGUUUGGCCAGCUCUCUCGAUACAUGGAUGAUCAUCACUGCAGGUAUGGCAUCUACACGGUCUAUGAGUAUACUUGGUUCUUGAAAAGGGUCGAUGACACCCACUUUGCCGUGUCUCAGCCAAUAAGUGCCAGUUCUGUCUCAACAUCUAGUGCCCUAUCGCUCCGGGAAUGCCUACUGGCUCUUGUCAUCGCGGUCGCUGAUAAAGAAAGAAGCUACUACCCUGCCAGAUAUGGCAAACGUUUACAAAAGCUGAUCCCUCAAAAUACCUUUCCUGAAUUCAAGAUUUUGCAUUGUGAGCUAAUCUUUAGAUUACCUGCAUUAAAUUCAGAAAUUCAUUAA